AAGUCGGAAGCUUCGGCUGCGAACCAGAAUGCAGCGGUCAGCGGACUUCUGCGACGGCUCGUUCCGCAGUGGGAGUCCCGAUUCAUGCUGCACGUGUUUCCUGGUCCCACCCAAGAUCGCAGAGACACCUUCGUGAUUGAAUCAUUCAAGGACAAGAUAUCCAUAACAGGAACAAGCGGCGUAGCCGUGGCUACUGGUCUGUACUAUUAUCUGAAACACUACUGCUCUGUUCACGUGUCGUGGUCCGGAGUUCAGACCAAGACCGUGACAGGAUCGCCACCGAUGGUCACCAAGCCCAUCAUGAUCACACUGAACGACAGGUUUCGCUACUACCAGAACGUUUGCACGGCCAGCUAUUCCAUGGUGUGGUGGAACUGGACUCGCUGGGAGCAGGAGAUUGACUGGAUGGCCCUGAGUGGCAUCAAUCUGCCCCUGGCCUUCAACGGACAAGAGGAGAUUUGGAGAAGGACGUUUCUCAAACUAGGCCUCAAGCAGGCUGAAAUCGACCCCUUCUUCUCCGGGCCGGCAUUUCUGGCAUGGCAACGCAUGGGAAAUGUCCGAGGAUUUGGUGGCCCGCUACCUGAAUCCUGGCAUCGGCAACAAGUGGAACUACAGCACAAGAUCUUGACGCGAAUGCGUGAUUUUGGAAUGACACCGGUGCUACCAGCGUUUUCGGGUCACGUUCCCAGAGCGAUGGAAAGCUUGUUCCCUAACACAACCAUGGCCAGAACUUGCUGGCAGAACUUCAAGGAUCCCUACGAUUGCCCGACGUUUGUUUACCCCAACGAGACACUUUUUGUUACCAUUGGAAAAACUUUCCUAAAAGAGUACAUUCAAGAGUUUGGGACGAAUCAUGCCUACAACACCGAUCUCUUCAACGAAAUGAAUCCUCCAUCCUCCAAGCUGCAGUUUAUACGAGAUUCUGCUAAAGCCGUUUACAAUGCCAUGACUGCGGCGGAUCCCAAAGCCGUUUGGAUGAUGCAGUCAUGGUUGUUUGUGAAUGACUUCACCUUCUGGACGAAAGAAAGAAUCGAAGCCUUGCUGACCAGCGUUCCCGAGGGGAGAAUGGUAAUCUUGGACCUAAAUUCCGACCUCCACCCCGAGUUCAUGAACACGUCAAUGUACUUCGGCCAUCCGUUCGUCUGGAACAUGCUGCUGAAUUUUGGAGGCGUCCUCGGCCUUUACGGAUCGCUGGAUGCCGUGAAUAUGGGUCCCAAGAAAGCACGCGAAGCCGCUCACUCGACCAUGAUCGGUAUCGGUCUCACUCCCGAAGGAAUCUUUCAAAAUGACAUUAUGUUUGAGUUCAUGAACGAGAACGCCUGGCGACAAUCCGCCGUCGACAUUGACCAAUGGGUUUUGAACUACGCACUGCGAAGAUAUGGAACGCUCAACGUGAACGCAUCGUCUGCAUUCCUACGGCUGCGGAAGAGCGUUUACAAUCUGAAGCCGUCUCUGGGCAUUAAGGAUCAUGGCAGAUGUGCACUCGUCGAACGGCCUCAACUUCAUAUUUCCAGGCUGAUAUGGUACGAUCCCAAAGACGUCUACGCCGCUUUUGGACAUUUAUUGGAUGCUGCCAAUGAUCCGAGAAUCGCCGAGAUGGAAACUUACAGGUAUGAUUUGGUAGACGUUACACGGCAGUCACUGCAACUUCUAAUUGAGGAUGCGUACCAAGCUGUGGUAAAAAGUUUCAAGAGCAAAUCGAUGGAGCUUCUGAGAAAGACUUCACAAAUCAUGCAUGACAUGCUUGUAGACAUUGACGCGGUACUAGGGUCUGACCGGCACUUUCUUCUUGGAAACUGGCUGAAAGAUGCGAAGCGUUGGGGAUCAACGCCUGAGGAAUCAAACCUGUACGAAUACAACGCUCGGAACCAGAUCACUCUGUGGGGUCCUGAAGGAGAAAUUGUUGACUACGCAAACAAGCAAUGGUCUGGUUUGAUUCGAGGGUACUACCUCAAGAGAUGGGAGUUUUUCUUUCAGACCUUAAAAGAGUGUUUGGAGACACACAGUAACUUCAACAAUACGCAGUUCAAGAAGGACAUAUUUUCUAACGUUGAAGAGCCGUUUACGUUUGCGACUGACUUGUAUCCAACAAUGCCGCAAGGUGACAGCGUGAUCAUCAGCGCCAAGCUUUUCAAGAAAUAUAAAAGCUUCAUGUGGCCUGACAGUUAUGAGUUCAAGGGCAAUAUUGAGGCGAAGAUUUGAACCCUGAGCCGUGUAUGUAAUUAGUUGUUUUCUUGAGCGUUUGCACGCAGGCUCAUGU